GCUGCUGUUUCAAGCUCAUUCACCCAAGUACACCUUUCUACCUACCUUCCCUAUCAUCAGAGAGGUGACCUGACCCCAGCACGUGCGAGCUGGUCAGGUUGGAAGAGGACUGUCAGAAGGACCUAGAAGGCACAGUUAUACUGUGAGAAGCAAAGAUCCUUUACCUACACAUUUUACAAGAAAUGUGCAGAAAGCCAUUGAUAAAUAUACCUGCGAAUCGUCCUUUUCCUCCAGCGGAAGCCGCACACCCACGGGAGCCCACACCUCUUGGUCUGGGUCGGCCGCGCAGAGCUCCACCACCGGCUCGUCCACGGAGAGGGGCUCCAUUUAUUCCUGGAGAGAUGACGAAUUUGACGAAGCCAGUGCACAGACAGUGCAGCGGUUACUCUGGGAGGUGGAGGAAAUGUUAUUUGAAGAGAAAGUGAACCCUCAGACCCAGAGUCUGCUGGCCGAAUGCGGGGAGUGGACAAGAAGAUCCCUCCAUCUGAGAGUGUUAGGAGGACAGCUGACCCUGCCCACUGACGAAGGCGUCCAGCAUCUCCAGGGCAGCACCGCUGCCUCCGCGGCCCACAGACCCCCGCUCAGUGCCUGCGGACGCAGCAGCAACAUCAGAGAGUUGUGCAUUUCUGGCUCUCAGAUAGUCCCAGCAGCGCUCUCAGCCUCUGCCCUGCCAGGCCCUGAUGGGACGGGGGUUGCUGACCUAACGGCAUGUUCAUCCCUGGAAGAAGAGGUUUACCAUGUGGAUGGAAAGAUUGAAGAGUAUUUCGCUUUUGACAGAAAAGAGGAUGAUGAUGAAUGUCUCGAACAAAAACCAGCUCAGCCUGGUAGGAAAAGGCGCAAACUCGGACUUCCUCCUGUUUCCCCUCAUGAGUGUGUCAAAGAUGCCGUGAUGGCGGAAGUGUUUGAUCACGUCUGGACAAAUAUGGUAGAACUUUUGGAAGAACUGAUUAGAAAGCGCUGGGAAACUACACUCACAGAAGGGAAAAAACAGAGAGAAAAAUUGAAAGUAGCUGGAAACAGAUGUCCACAUGUCCUCAUUCCACACACUCACGCUGAUGGAGCCAGUGGCUCCCCGUCCGGAAGCUCCGAGGCUCACAGCAUCUCCCUGGCUUCUCGUCUGAACCCGCCCCAGAUUCAUCGCUUCUCCAACAGCUUUUAUAGUGACAUGAAUGGCGUCAUGACAAUUCACGCAAAACCGCUUCAGCGGAGACCUACCUAUUUCGCCGACAGAACGCAGAAUGAGAAGGAGGACAAAGCCUCGGGUGGAGGGGCAGGUGCUCCCUCCUCCGCACGGCACAGACUGGGACGGGCCUCAGACACUCAUGGAUUACCGCCUUCUGCAAAGCUGACACCCGUGCCCUGGAGGCUGCCUUCUCUUGCGUCAGAUUCUCAGAGACUCAAAACCCCCAACAUCUAUAGUGACGAAGUUCUUCGGGGAACAAAACUGCCGACUGGCGUGGACCACAUGGUUUCGCCGCUGGUUCAGACAUCACGGAGCAGGUUCCCCCCGAUAGGCGUGGAGACCAGGGAGCAGAAUACGGCAGUUCCUGGAUGCCGCCUUGUGUCUUACAGAGGAAGGCAUCUACAAAACCGUGUGUCGAGUGCCGUGCCUGAUGGUGUAGAACGAUCACGUCUUCGAGAAAGAACCGCUACCCUGGAACAGCUGUCAAGGCCCAGCACAACCCACACGUUCCGGCAGUUGGAUACGCCUCGAAAAAGUUCACUGACACAAAUGGAAUUUGCUGCUCACACAUGGACAGGUCAAAGUAUUUUGACAGGUUCACAAUAUGUGCCUAAAUCUUUUCAGAGGACAACCUUGACUUUAAAGAAGAGAUUCCAAGUGACAUCUUGAAACCACCUCACCAGAACCAUUGGCGCACUCAUGGUCUCAGCACACCACUUAUCGCUUGAAAACUGGAGGAACAAGUGUUCUAUUUAUCUGUGUGUCUGACAGUGUGAGAUGCUAGACUGAGAAAAAUGCAAACAAAUAAAUCACUUAAUUUUGAACACUUUGCAUUUUAAAGAGAGUAAAAGUCAGAUCCACCAAGCUGCCUUGCUCAAAGCAUCUCCAAGGUUCUGUAGGCUUUGCUCAGAAGACCCUGAUGUGUGUUUACAAUCCGUCAUUUUAUCAAUGAUACACAAACAUAAUUAGCAUGUGUUUGUACUCACACACUAAUUACAUAUAAGAAUAUAUUAUCUAGGGACAUGCCAUUUAUAACUUUGUACUCUGAUGUAUUUUCUAGUCUCAUUCUGUUAGUAAUUCCGUCAAAAUCGUAGACACUAGUAGAUAUUAGUAUUUGAGACAAUAUGUCAGUCUGAAUAAGACUCAGAUUGUUCUAGUCAUGCUGACUUUCUCAUACAUUUUUAAAAAGUGCUUCAGCCAUGAACCUUUUUGAGAAAUGUCAGUGGUGAAAUCUCUCAAGCUAAUUUUCUUUUUCUAGUUUCCAUCUUCAAAUUCAGACGGUUCAUGUGAAGUACCCCACAUUUAUUGAUCUUAGGGUUGAAUGUAAAUAUAAACGUAAUUAAAAGCUAUGGC